AUGCAGUUCGCGUUGCCGCCGCGGAAGAGUCCGCAUCCACUCCCCAGCGUCCACUCAUCUCGAUUACCCUACUACCGCAAGAAGCAGUUGAAAACCGUCGCUUUAUUUGCAAUCGCGGUGCUUGUCAUCAUUUUCUUGCUCCCAAAACUUUUCUCAUCAAGCCCGAUCUCCAGUGCGGCGCCGGCAGGUACGGCAGGCGUGGUGAUUGUGACGUUGCUGGAUCGCGACAAUCUCAGUGAGGGUUAUAUUCAGAAGAUCGUGUCUAACCGGGAAGACUACGCAAAGCGCCAUGGUUACACCAACUUCUUUGCAAAUACCUCAGACUACUCCGACGCGGUCGGCGACUCACCGAACAGCUGGGCUUUAAUACCAGCUGUCCGGCAUGCAAUGGCAACCUACCCUCGCUCCGCAUACUACUUCCACCUCAGCCCGCACGCCCUCAUCAUGAACCCGUCGAAGUCUCUCAAAUCGCAUAUACUAGACAAGAGCCGCCUUGAAUCGUUGAUGCUAAAAGACCUCCCCGUCGUCCCACCCGACAGCAUUAUCAAGACAUUUUCGCAUCUAAAAGAGAAGGACAUCGACUUUAUCGCAACGCAAGAUAGUACGGAUAUAAGUCCCGCGAGCUUUAUUUUGAAAAACGGCGACUUUGCGCGGUUCUUCUUGGACUUUUGGUUUGAACCGCUUUUCCGCAACUAUAAGUUUGUGAAAGCUGAGGUCCAUGGACUGGAUCAUAUCAUGCAAUGGCAUCCAACUGUCCUCGCCCGGACCGCUCUCGUUCCCCAGCGCCUACUCAACGCCUAUAGCAAAGACUCGUCCGGAGCCUCGGCGGAUGGUUCCUACAAAGACGGGGAUUUUUUGAUCCGUUUUCCGGCUUGCGAUAGCAGCCCUGCUGGUCCUCCACAUGAUUGUGGAGAAAUGGAGUCUUAUUACAUGAUCUGGCAGAGAAAAGUGCAAAAUGAAUGA